AUGCCCGCGCCGAAGUCGAAGGCCUCCGCCGCAGGUGCAGCUGCCGCUGCCGCCGCCCUCCCGACGAAGAAGAAGCCCGUGAAGGUGGUCGAUGAGGACGAUGAGUUCGAGGACUUUCCAGCCGAAGGCAUGUCUUACGCGAUGCAUCCCCACCACCUCUACCACUGGUCACCCGAGACCGACGAAAAGAAUCAAGAUACCGGAAAGAAGCCGUGGGAGGAGACUUGGGACGACGAUGAGGCGCUCGAUAGCUUUUCGACGCAGUUGAAGGCGGAACAAGAGAAGCUCAAGAAAGCGAGCAAAUAA